AUGCCUUGCUCGGAAGUAAUCAAGGAGUUGCUAAAGCAGUUGGACCGGGACGGGUCAGGCACAGUUAGCGCCAAAGAACUUCUAGCUGGACUGCAAUGCGACGAUAUAAAGGAGGAACAGGUGAAAGAAUUUAUCAAGAAAAUUGACAAGAACGGUGAUGGGGAGCUGAAUGUUGAUGAACUGAUGGACUUUUUUAGUAGUAUUGGCCUAUAA